UUCACAAAAUGCCAACCCAGCCAAGUUCAACAAACGCAGCCCUGUAAAUAAAACACACACAACACAUUCCACAUUUCAACACACCUACUCAUCAAAAUGGCUGCUAAUUCUUUGAUUUUCGCAGCCACCAGUUCGAUUCUCGCAAAACCCAUGAUCAAAAUUCAAUCUUUUGCAACCCCUUCACUUGGGUUUUCCAGUGUAUUAGCCCCUCGCGUUUGUAGCCACAAAUUCCCGGUGCUGACCGUGGCUGCAGCUGCUUCUAGCGCCGUUCAAGUUGAGGCCGAAUCGCCGGCGUUGAAGCCGGCGAAAGUGCUUCCGUUCCGGGUCGGUCAUGGGUUCGAUUUGCACCGGUUAGAACCCGGCUACCCUUUGAUUAUUGGUGGUAUUGAUAUUCCUUUUGAGAAAGGUUGUGAGGCUCAUUCUGAUGGUGAUGUUUUACUUCAUUGUGUUGUUGAUGCAAUUUUGGGUGCUUUGGGCCUUCCUGAUAUUGGCCAGAUUUUCCCCGAUAAUGAUCCCAAAUGGAAAGGGGCUCCGUCUUCCGUUUUCAUCAAAGAAGCUGUAAGACUGAUGCACGAGGCUGGUUAUGAGCUCGGAAAUCUGGAUGCUACUUUGAUUCUUCAAAGACCGAAACUUAGCCCCCACAAGGAGACUAUCAGAACCAACUUGUCGCUUUUGCUUGGUGCAGACCCUUCUGUUGUGAAUUUGAAGGCAAAAACUCAUGAGAAGGUGGAUAGCCUUGGGGAGAAUAGGAGCAUUGCAGCUCAUACUGUUGUCCUUCUCAUGAGGAAGUGAGAAGAUGGUAGUUAUAGAUCAUGUAUUGAAUUAUCAAUCAAUGUAAGCCUACUGAUAAUCACUAAAUUACAUGAUGACAGUCAUCGCAGUCAAAUUGCUUGUACUUGUUACAUUUUGUUAAAAGAAAAAUGAAUUAAUACUUCUAUCCAUAAGGUUGAGGAGCCUUUUUAUUUUA